AUGGAGCAGAACCAGCUGGACCGAGAAACCUUGUCCUGUUCGAUCUGUCUGGAUCUACUGAAGGAUCCGGUGACUAUUCCCUGUGGACACAGCUACUGUAUGAAGUGUAUUAAAAACUUCUGGGAUGAAGAGGAUCACAAAGGAAUCCACAGCUGCCCUCAGUGCAGGGAGACCUUCACACCGAGGCCCGUUCUGAAGAAAAGCACCAUGUUAGCAGCUUUAGUGGAGCAGCUGAAGAAGACUGGACUCCAAGCUGCUCCUGCUGAUCUCUGCUAUGCUGGACCUGAAGAUGUGGCCUGUGAUUUCUGCUCUGGAAGAAAACUGAAAGCCAUCAAGUCCUGUUUAGUCUGUCUGGCCUCUUUCUGUGAGAAACACCUUCAGCCUCAUUAUGAUUCAGCUGCAUUUAAGAAACACAAGCUGGUGGAGCCCUCCAAGAACCUCCAGGAGAACAUCUGCUCUCGUCAUGAUGAGGUGAUGAAGAUGUUCUGUCGUACUGAUCAGAAGUGUAUCUGUCUUAUCUGUUUAAUGGAAGAACAUAAAGGCCACGACACAGUGUCAGCUGCAGCAGAAAGGACUGAGAGGCAGAGAGAGCUGGAGGUGAGACGAGAAAACAUCCAGCAGAGAAUCCAGGACAGAGAGAAAGAUGUGAAGCUGCUUCAACAGGAGCUGGAGGCCAUCAAGCACUCUGCUGAUAAAACAGUGGAGGACAGUGAGAAGAUCUUCACUCAGCUGAUCCGUCUCAUCCAGAAAAGAAGCUCUGAUGUGAAGCAGCAGAUCAGAUCCCAGCAGGAAACUGAAGGGAGUCGAGUCAAAGAGCUUCAGGAGAAGCUGGAGCAGGAGAUCACUGAGCUGAAGAGGAAAGACGCUGAGCUGAAGCAGCUCUCAGACACAGAGGAUCACAACCAGUUUCUCCACAACUACCCCUCACUGUCAGCACUCAGUGAGUCUACACACUCAUCCAGCAUCAAGAUCCGUCCUCUGAGCUACUUUGAGGAUGUGACAGCAGCUGUGUCAGAGCUCAGAGAUCAACUACAGGACAUCCUGAGAGACGCAUGGACAAACAUCUCACUGAGACUCACUGAGGUGGAUGUUUUACUGUCAGAACCAGAACCAAAGAGCAGAGCUGGAUUCUUGAGAUAUUCAUGUGAAAUCACACUGGAUCCAAACACAGCAAACAGUCGUCUGUUACUAUCAGAGGGGAACAGGAAGGUGACAUUUAUGAAUCAACCUCAGUCUGAUUCUAGUCAUCCAGACAGAUUCACUGAUUAUCUUCAGGUUCUGAGUAGAGAGAGUCUGACUGGACGUUGUUACUGGGAGGUGGAGAGGAGAGGAAUAGUUUAUGUAGCAGUCGCAUACAAGAAUAUCAGCAGAACAGGAGAAGGGAAUGAAUGUUUAUUUGGAGCUAAUGACAAAUCUUGGGCAUUAUAUUGUUCCCAAGGAGGUUAUAAAUUUGGUCACAACAACAUCUGGACCUCCAUCUCAGGUCCUGGUUCCUCCAGAGUAGGAGUGUACCUGGAUCACAGAGCAGGUAUUCUGUCCUUCUACAGCGUCUCUGAAACCAUGACUCUCCUCCACAGAGUCCAGACCACCUUCACUCAGCCGCUACAUGCUGGAGUUUUCAUGCAGCCUGUGGAAAACACAGCAGAACUGCUCCUUAUUCCAACACCAAACACAUUUAAUCCCACUUUGGAUCGUCUCACCAGAACAGACACACAGACUUUGUUCUGAUGAAGCGUUUCAAACACCCACAAACAGCAGAAUGUCCCAUUUCCCUUGAACGCAGCUUCUGCUGAGUGUUUUCCAGGCAGAAAGCUGAGCAGGUGAUGGAGAAGGUGUUGCAUCGCUCCUCAGAGAUUGGACUUGUUCUGAAGACGCAGAACCAGAGAGACGCUGCCAGAAUCCUCCCAACAGUCCAACACUAAUGAGCAAAAGGUGCUGCCAUAAAAACUGAAGUUGUUUUUACCAUCAUCAAGUAGAAACAACAUCAGGACCAGACGUCUGAGGAAGAGCUUCCACAUCAGAGGAGGAUCUCUGAAACUUAUGACUUCCUGUUCAGGGUAGAAGUAGACCAGCUAUGUCACUAGAAAUACACGAUAUAUCUGCCGUAAAAUCAGAAGCUAGCUGAAUAUUUCAAUAUCUGUUGUAUAUUUAUCGGUUCUUCGUUUUGAAAAAUGUCAUGAUGACAUUACACUGAGCUUAAUUGGAU